AUGCUGAUGAUGACGAUGACAACGAGCGAUGGCGCAUGCAAGCUCGAAUUCGGCAGAAAAGCCGCAGCGAUGAGCGGCGGCUGCAAGGACCACGGCGCUGCCACAGCAAGUGCACCUCUCUCACAGUAUCUGCACCUACGUGAGACGGCAGACCGGAUCCAGGCCCAGUGCUUCCCCGAGGCGGAGCGAGGCGCGCGGGGACGUCAUGAUCAAUGCAUAUGUGGCCAGGCGCGCUCGCCCCCGCGCGCCUCGCACUGCGAGCACGCCGGGCCGAGAGCACUGGCGCGGGCAGCUGCAGGCAACGAGGGCGACGAUGGCGAUGCCGAUGGCGACGGCGCCGGUGAUG